AUGUUCCAGACGUUUAAAGAAUGGUUUUGGUUGGAAAGAUUCUGGCUUCCUCCAACAAUAAUGUGGUCGGAUCUCGAAGACCACGAUGGACUCGUCUUUGUGAAACCUUCUCAUUUGUAUAUGACAAUUCCGUACGCGUUUGGCUUGCUGAUUAUCAGACAUUUCUUUGAAAAGUUUAUUGCCACACCUCUAGCAAAAACAUUUGGCAUUAAAGAGAAAGUUCGAAAGAGCACACCAAACACUGUCUUAGAGAAUUUUUUCCAACAUUCCUCAAGGCAACCAUCUCAAGAUGAUAUUUAUGGAUUGGCAAAGAAGUGUAACUUGACAGAGCGCCAGGUCGAGAGAUGGUUUAGGAAUCGGCGGAAUCAAGAGAGGCCAUGCAGGAUGAAGAAAUUCCAAGAAGCUUGCUGGCGAUUUGCAUUUUACUUAAUGAUUACUAUCGCUGGAAUUGCGUUUCUUUAUGAUAAACCUUGGGUAUAUGACCUCUGGGAGGUGUGGAAUGGCUAUCCAAAACAGCCCCUGCUGCCAUCUCAGUACUGGUACUACAUCCUGGAGAUGAGUUUUUAUUGGUCUCUCUUAUUCAGCCUGGGCUCCGAUGUCAAGAGGAAGGAUUUUCUAGCUCACGUCAUCCACCACCUGGCUGCUAUCAGUUUGAUGAGCUUCUCCUGGUGUGCUAAUUACAUUCGCAGCGGAACCCUCGUGAUGAUCGUGCACGACGUGGCCGACAUUUGGCUGGAGUCUGCUAAGAUGUUUUCUUAUGCCGGAUGGAAGCAAACCUGUAACACCCUGUUUUUCAUCUUCUCUGCCAUAUUUUUCAUCAGCCGCCUCGUUAUUUUUCCCUUUUGGAUUUUGUAUUGCACGCUGAUUCUGCCUCUGCACUACCUGGAGCCCUUCUUCUCAUACAUCUUCCUCAACCUGCAGCUCAUGGUCCUGCAAAUCCUUCAUCUUUACUGGGGUUACUUCAUCCUGAAGAUGCUCAAAAGAUGUAUAUUCAUGAAGAACAUCCAGGAUGUGAGGAGCGAUGAUGAGGAUGAGGAGGAAGAGGAAGAGUCAGAGGACGAGGAGGAGGAGAAGGAGGAGGCCACCAAAGUCGAAGACAGAGACUGUUUGAAGAACGGCCUCGGGGCCGACAGGCACCUCAUCCCCAACGGCCGUUAG